AGGAGGAGGAAGUGGGCGAGGCGAGCGUGCGUGUUUCGCCUCGCUCGUCUCGCAUUACUGCACAAACGGCUCGCGGUGCCUCUCGGCUCGCCUUGAACGGUCUGGUGAGUGCGGCGGAGAGAGGGCUGCUGCUCUGAGCGCAAGGUUUUCCGUUCCUUCUGGUCGUGGGUCCCAUCGGAUGAACGAGAAGGCCCAGGCUCCGGGUGUUGGCGUACCGGUUGACCAAUAAUGGGCCGAGGAGUGCGGGAGGAGACGGGUGCAGCAGCUGCAGGGGAAGUGACUUGGAGUGGUCCUGCUAAUGGAGCUGGGAUGGUGUUAUGUACUGAACACGCUCUUGCUUGCAAUUUCUGCAGAUCUUUCUGAUUUUACCGAUUUUUUUCUCAGUCAUCAGCAAGCUUGCCAUAUGCCCUCAAGACACCCACAUGCAGAACAUAAGAAUAGCAGCCAUGGCUGUCUGCAGGGGAGCAAAUGGGCAGUCUUGCCCCAGAUGAAGCAAUUAUGUCUAGAUGAUCAGCUGUCAUUGAAAAGGUAGACUCCAACCUAUCUGGAAACCAAGGGGCGUUGGAUAAGACGGAAUGUCAGAUAAGCGAAGGUCGGUUAAACGAGACUCUCCUAUAUUAUCUUUUAACUGUCUCUUAGAAAAAGUGAUGUCACAGAAGCAUCCUGAUGACCUUUAUGUGAUACUGAAUAACAAUGAAAUUGACACCUGUGGAAUAUGGGCAACGUGGCAGCAUCUUACAUGGGUGAGAGAGAGAUGAAGGGAUCAUGAGGCCUCAUUUCUCCAAAACCCAUAUUUUGUGCUUAAUUCUGGCACUGCUGGCUAUUUUGGCAUUAGUCCACAACUUUUAUCAAUUUGAGAAUUUCAAUACCACAGGUUUAAAAUGGUUGGUAGAAGAGAAUGAAUCACAACCCUCAUUGCAUACAACUAAAACGCGCAGAAAGCUGUACUGUGGUUAUGAGCAUCAGGUUUUGUCCAAGAUUGAACGUGAAGAAGAAGAAUCCUUAUUUGCUGCUCUACAGUGGCCCAAACCUCCUGAGAACAAAGUCCCCUUUGUGAGGAGUACUGACCCUUUCCAUAGCAACUUUAUGAUAUUAAAUAAUCAUGCAAAUUUCAAAGUUGGUGAUCAGCUGGAGGUGCUUGUCCACAUGAAGGAUUAUGAUGGAAACCCAAAGCAAUAUGGUGGAGAUUACCUUCAGUCAAGAAUUCAUUCUGCUUAUCUGAAAGCAGGAGCCAUUGGAAGAACUGUAGAUUAUCAGAAUGGAUCUUAUAGAAUAUUUUUCACUUUACUUUGGCCAGGGGAGGUCACAGUAUCUGUGUCCUUGGUUCAUCCUAGUGAAGGAAUCCAACUCCUUCAACGUUUACGAGAAGAAAAACCAGACAGGGCCUAUUUUAAAAGCUUAUUCAAAUCAGGAAGGAUUUCAGAAGUUACAAUAUGCAAUGUGUGUUUGCCUGGAGACAUGCCAAUCUGUAACUUUACAGACAGCUAUACUGGAGAACCAUGGUUUUGUUACAAGCCAAGAAAACUCUCCUGUGCUACUAGGAUUAACCAUUUUAAAGGGGGAUAUAAAAAGGGCCUUUUAACUUCAGAAGAGAGUAACUUUUUCCAAAGUGGUGUGAAUAUUAAAAUGCCAAUACCUUCCAGUGGGCCUGAUACUGUGAUCGUAAGACCUUUGGGGCAUGCAGAAAUGGACAGUCUAGAAAGAUCUCACAGUCCUGAUGUAUUUCCUUCUGGUUAUUAUUAUCAAGAUGAAUGGCAACAAAGGACACAGUUGAUUCGGCAUUUUAAUAAGUCAUCAGAUAUUACUGAAUGUUUACAGGGAAAACUUAUUCACUUGUUCGGAGACUCUACAAUCAGACAGUGGUUUGAAUAUUUGACAGCAUUUGUUCCAGAUCUUGUGGAAUUAAACCUUGGACGUCCUAAAAAAGUUGGUCCUCUCAUGGCUGUGGACUCAAAGCAUAACAUCUUACUAAAUUUCCAUUGCCAUGGCCCUCCCAUUCGCUUUUUUACAGUUUUUAGCAGUGAAUUGCAUUAUAUUGCCAAUGAACUGAAUCGUAUUGUUGGUGGGAAGAACACCGUGAUAGCCAUAACUAUUUGGUCUCACCUUAGCACUUUUCCUAUAGAAGUGUACAUCAGGAGAUUGAGAAAUAUUCGCAGGGCAGUUGUUCGGCUAUUGGAUCGGAGCCCAAAAACUCAUAUAGUAAUCAAAACUGCCAAUGUUCAAGAGCUUGGCCCAGAAGUUAGCCUUUUCAACAGUGACUGGUAUUCCUAUCAGCUUGACACAAUAAUGAGGAAGAUGUUCUCAGGAAUUGGGGUGUACUUUGUGGAUGCUUGGGAGAUGUCAUUGGCUCACCAUUUGCCACAUAAAUUACAUCCAGAAGAUAUUAUUGUCAAAAAUCAGUUAGAUGCUUUCUUGUCUUUUGUAUGCCCACUGGAAACACAUUACAGUUUCUUAACUGGAAUACAUAAUCAAAUGUGGUCUCUGUUUGUAUAAUUCAGUGUUCUGCACUACUUGAUGAAUCAUUGCUGAUUUGAGGUGCUCAUAAUUUGCAUCAAAUCUAACCAGCUUGCACAAAAGCAUGCACAUUUGUAUUUAACAAAUAUAAUAAAUAAAUAAAAUAAAUACAUUUACUGGAGGCAGGGAGAUUUUUGUAUGUGUGCUACGUUUCCAUACACACAACUCUACUUUUUUACAAUGCAUGUAUUAGUGAAUUCAGGUUCUACUCACUUCUCUCAUUUGUGCAAAGUAUUUUUUUACUAGGGCUAAGCACACUUCAGAUAUUUGGAAAAAGUGCUUUGGAACUUGUGUGAGCACAGAGCCUCUUCGCUGUUCAUUAAAAGAGCCAUGUCUGAAAAAAGGAUACAGCAGUGUUAAUGAAUCACCUCCAAAAUAAAAGGGGAUAUUUUUCUGUUUUUCUAAUUGGCCUCAGCUUCUUGUGUGGUCACUGAAGAGCCAGAGCUAGAACAUGAACAUAAAAUAAUGGGCAUUCU